AGAAAAGAACCCAAAAGCACAGGACACAUACCGCACCAUCAUGUUCCAGAACCAGACCCCUCCCCCCCCUCCUGCCAUCGUGGCCAGAAGUGUGGGUUCAAAAACCCAUUCUCGGGCUCCCGGAUGGGAGGGCAAGAGGGGCCGUGGGCGAUGCUGGGGGCCAGUAGGAACCGAGCCCGGCUGGCCGCGGUCAAAGGGGGACAGCGAAAAGGGCCCGUAGGGGAAGAGAAUGGGAGAGAUGGGCCCUUUUUUUUUUUUCGUUGGUGGUUCGGGUCGAGAUGCUCGAGUCGAUGAUGGGGCCGCGAGAUCCACAUCGCGGGACGCUGGGUUGCCAAAGUGGGGAGGAAAAUGAUUCACAGAGACAAAAAAAGAAGAGAAAAAAAUUGUUCUAGAAAAAAAAGGACACGAGAGAAAAAUAGAGAUAAAACAAAUAUUAUUAUAUCGAAAGCAAAAACAAAAAAGCCAUCGUCAAUCCCUGGGAAUGUG